AUGACAGGAAUUGAUCUGAAGAUAAUUCAUCAUGAACUUCGUAUAAAUCCGUGCACGACCCUCUUCAGGCAGAAAGUACGAAAGGUAACACCGGAGUAUCACCAAGCCAUUGAGAAAGAGCUCCGCAAACUGUUGGAAGCAGGGUUCAUAAAGGAAGUGAAGUAUCCAACAUGGAUCUCAAACAUGGUCAUCGUGCCGAAGAAGAAUAGAGGAGUAAGAAUAUGCAUCGAUUUCACCAACCUCAAUAAGGCUUGUCCGAAGGAUAGUUACCCCCUCCCAAGCAUAGAUCAACUGGUAGAAGCCGUUGAAGGGUUUGGCAUUCCUGCAGAAAUUGUCUCAGACAAUGGUAAGAAGCUACAAGGAAAGAAUAUAGACAUGCACUUCGAUACUUUCAAGAUCAGGAAGAACAAAUCGACUCCCAUCUACCCCCAGAGUAAUGGACAUGCUGAAGCCACGAACCAGACUCUGGCUCUCAUCCUCAAGAAAUCGUUAGACGAACAUAAGGGUCGAUGGUGUGAACAGCUUCAUAAUGCGCUAUGGGCGUACCGAACCACACGCAGAUCCGCCACCGGUGAAUAUCCUUUCCUCCUGACUUAUGGAGCUGAAGCUGUUAUUCCAACAUAA